AUGACCAAGAGACAUCACAUACGGAGAAGAGACUCAACUACGGAGCUAGGAGGACCGAGGUGGAAAGUUUGGCUCGGAAGAAGAGACUUUACGGAGAGCAGGGACGAUGCUCAACUGUCUCUUCCAUCGCCUUUCCUCUAUAUCUCUAGUACAACCAAGUCCUUCACAAAUCAAAGGCUCGCAAUUAAUGACUUAGUCAUCCAGUCCAGCGCGCGCGCACCCGGGUACGCACGGUGCGCAAUAUUCAGGGGAAGGAUCUACAAUGAUACCAACAUCGCCCCGACCUUCACAUGCAGCCUUCAGUUAUUUUGGCCGCCCCUUCUUAGCAAUGAAUCCGACCCUAGGCUUGCUGCUUUGGAUCCAACUGCUGCUGUCCUCGAUACAUCGUACAACCAAAACUUGUUACAGCAGAAAGGGUGUCUCCAUUCUGAUAAGGCAUUUCUCAGUGAUCCCCGUCUUGCCGAGCUGGUCAAGUCUUACAGCGACGACAGGGAGAGAUUUUGGAGAGAUUUCCCGAAAUCCGUGGUUAAGAUGGGAAAUAUAAAGCCUUAG